GCAACCGCGACGCACGAGAGCGCGCCAUGCACCUCACAAGCUCCUGGCGGCCUUUUCAGCACAAAGCGGCUGCCCCAAACAAUAUGGGGGAAAGCGGGCGCCCAAAAAGACUUAUUAGCAAUGCAAAAUCUGCCCCCGACUCCAGCCUAGCGCCUCCCGGGGCGUGGCCAGAUCUAAUAAAACGGGCUCGCUUUGGGGGGCGGUGUCGUUUGCCGCUGCGUUUCCAGGCCUAGUACUGCUGUGUGUCCGAGGUGAGAAGCCAUGGCCAAGUAUGUGGAGCUUUACACCAAGGCCAAGAUGCCCAUCCUGGGGCUGGGCACCUGGAAGUCUCCCCCAGGGAAAGUAGCCGAUGCCGUGAAGAAGGCCAUCGAUGUGGGAUAUCGCCACUUUGACUGUGCCUAUGUAUAUCAGAAUGAAGAUGAAGUUGGCAGCGGGAUCCAAGAGAAAAUCAAGGCGGGUGUUGUGAAGCGCGAGGACCUGUUCGUUGUCAGCAAGCUUUGGUGCACAUUCCAUGAAAAACACCUGGUGAAGGGGGCAUGCAAGACAACCCUGAAGUCCCUGAAACUGGAUUACCUGGACCUCUACCUCAUUCACUGGCCUGUGGGAUUCAAGGCUGGCGACAAUCUGUUUCCUGCCGAUGAACAAGGCAUGACCAUACCUAGCAAUACAAACAUUCUAGACACCUGGGAGGCAAUGGAGGAGCUGGUGGAUGCUGGGCUAGUGAAAGCCAUUGGCGUUUCCAAUUUUAAUCACGAACAGAUUGAGAGAAUUUUGAACAAGCCUGGACUGAAGUACAAGCCAGCAAAUAACCAGAUUGAGUGCCAUCCAUAUCUCACCCAGGAAAAGCUCAUCAAUUACUGCCAGUCCAAAGGGAUUUCCGUCACAGCGUACAGCCCCCUCGGCUCUCCUGACAGGCCAUGGGCCAAGCCGGAAGAUCCAUCUCUCCUGGAUGAUCCCAAGAUCAAAGAGAUUGCUGCUAAGCACAAUAAAACUGCAGCUCAGGUCCUGAUCCGAUUUCAUAUCCAAAGGAAUGUGGUUGUGAUUCCCAAAUCUGUCACCCCGGCUCGUAUUGAGGAAAAUUUCAAGGUGUUUGACUUUGAGUUGACCAAGCAAGAGAUGGAGACCAUCCUUAGCUUCAACCGGAACUGGAGAGUGUGUGCCCUGAGCACGUGUAGCAAUCACAAAGAAUAUCCUUUCAAAGCUGAAUAUUAAAACCCCGUUCUCCUGAAAGUCACAGAGAGCCGGACGCCUGUCUUCAGCCAUCUUGGCUUGUUCAUCUGUGCUCUUUCCACUGCAUCAAGAAGUCUUCACUUCGCCAGCAUAGCUUCAAUAUAUUCUGAGCCACAGAAUUUGGGGGCAUGAGUUGUGCUGUCCUCCUUAUUAAGCAGAAACACCUUUGCUAGAACUAGCAGCUGGGCUAUUAUGGAGGUGAACAGCAACUUUCGGAGUUCUUUUUCAUCACUUCUUCUGACUACUUGACAAAGAGGCACGUUUUCACAUCUUGUGCAGAAAUCAAGGUUCAGUGUCUUUCUGUUGAAAUUACUGUGUCAUACUCUACUGCCGUUUUGCUAAUGAAAGAAGGAAGAUCUUCCCCAUGCCUGUUUCCUCACUGCAGCAGCCCAACCAAGAAAGCUUUUUGUUCACAAAGAUCCUCCGUUCCUAGCAGUGUCUUUUCAUGUGCCACAGGAGGAGGGAGGGAAAAGAUCUGCUUCCGUCAUCAGAGUGUUUGUAGGAUAUAACUCAGUGUUCCUACACUUUGUGUUCAAAUGGGGAGUUUUUGUAGUUACAGGUAUGCAGUUUGUGUACAGUUAGCUCAUGAUUUGAUCUUCCCAAAGAUUUUGGAUUGUAUUUUUCAGUCCGUGUUGUUUCCAAUAAAGCCUGUCUAGUUUGCA